AAAAAAAGCUAUUUGGUUAAUAUAUUUUCAAGUGUUGAUAGAAAAACGUAACACCUAUAAGUUAAAUAGAAAUUAAUUAUGUUCAUUUUUGCAGGGUUGGGAACCAAUGCCUUAUCCUACGAUUACUCAGCCAGCAUCGAGUGUGUUACGAAACCUCUCAAAGCUCAGUAUGGAGGUGGGAUAAUAACAAACCCAGAGUUAGAUAAUGGCAUAAAAGGAUGGUCUAGGUUUGGUUAUGCCAAAAUGAUGCACAGAGAAUCAGAGGGCAACAAAUUCAUUGUGGCUCAUAGCAGAAACCAACCUUAUGAUAGUGUAUCUCAGAGGCUUUACCUGCGAAAGAACAACUUCUACACAUUUUCCGCUUGGAUACAAGUGAGUAAGGGAAAUAAUGUCCCAGUAACAGCUACAUUCAAAACAAACAAGGGAUUCAAACAUGCUGGUUCUGUAGUUGCUCAAUCCCAUUGCUGGUCUUUUCUCAAAGGGGGUCUCACGGUUGAUGAGUCAGGUCCUGCAGACCUCUAUUUUGAGAGUAAUAAUACAUCAGUUGACAUCUGGGUUGAUAGCAUCUCACUCCAACCAUUCACUCAAAAGCAGUGGAAAUCCCAUCAGUAUCACUCCAUUCAAAAGGUACGGAAGAGUAAUGUUAGAAUCCGAGUAGUCGACAGAAGAGGCAAUCCCAUACAAAACGCGACCAUCCUCAUCGAACGAAACAAACCCAAUUUCCCAUUCGGCUGCGCCAUCAACAAGCUCAUCCUAACCAACCCAGCUUACCAAAGCUGGUUCACUUCAAAGAAGUUCACCGUCACCACAUUCGAGGACGAAAUGAAGUGGUACAGUACGGAACCCACACAAGGCAACGAGGACUAUUCUGUCGCGGACAGCAUGCUCAGCUUCGCCAAAGGACAACAACUCUCUGUCCGAGGCCACAACGUGCUCUGGGACGACCCUAGCUACCAGCCAUCUUGGGUGAAACCUCUUUCCGGCCCGAAACUCUUCUCGGCCGCCACAAAGAGGCUGAGCUCCGUCGUUGGCAAGUACAAAGGUCAACUCAUUGCAUGGGACGUGGUCAACGAGAAUUUGCACCAUCAGUUUUUUGAGACCCAACUUGGAAACAAUAACGCUUCGGCCCAGUUUUAUAAUUUGGCUUUUGGGGCUGACCAGAGUACCACUAUGUUCUUGAACGAGUACAACACUAUAGAGAGCUCUGGAGAUGCCUUGUCCUCGCCGGCGCAGUACAUUAAGAAGUUGAAGGAAAUCCAAAGCUUUCCUGGUAAUGCUAAUGGGAAACUGGGAAUUGGGCUCGAAUCCCAUUUUGAUACUCCAAAUCUGGCUUAUGUUAGAUCUUCCAUUGAUGUUCUUGCUGCUACGGGAUUACCCGUUUGGAUCACGGAAUUGGACGUGAAAAGCAGUCCCAAUCAGGCUAAGUACUUGGACGAUAUUCUAAGGGAGUUAUUUUCACACCCUGGGAUCAAAGGAAUAGUAUUGUGGGCAUCAUGGCAUCCUCAGGGAUGUUGGGCAAUGUGUUUGACUGAUAACAAUUUCAAAAACUUGCCAACCGGUGAUGUUGUGGACAAGGUAAUGGCCGAGUGGGGUUUGCAAAACGACGUCGCAACUGGCCAAGCUAAUGCUUUUGGCUUUUAUGAUACGUCCCUUUUCCACGGAGAUUAUCAAGUGAGAAUUUCUCAUCCUCAACUCAAGAACUCUUUGUCCACUACUCAGAGCUUCAAAGUGGAACCUUUGGGAGUUGGUUCUCGGAAUAAAUCAACCUCACUAGUCUUCCAAGUUCCUGCUUAAUUAUUAUUAGAAGUGAUAUUUCUCUUAAUUUAUCAUGAUCAGCUGGCUAUAUGUAUCGUUUUUCUGGGAAUGGAUUUUUAUCCAAAGCUUAUAGUCUAGUACGGUACGGGAGUAAGGUUUGUAAUAGGGCUUGUAUUUUUUUUUCCACCAAUAAUGCUUGUAUUUUUUUCCACCAAUAAUGCUUGUGUUUGAUUCAAAGCUAAUAAUAAAUAAAAGAGUGUUGCUAUAUUUGGCCCUUAAGCUGUCCAAUACUGUAAUGCUUGUAUUCUUAUUUCCAGCAAUAAUGCUU